AUGGCACCACUCCCGAGGGAUCGAGUUACCAAGGACGAACCUUUUUCAGUGGUGGGAGUUGAUUUUGCCGGGCCUCUCUACUACAAGGGUGCUACCACUGAUUGCAAGUCCUACAUAGUAGUGUUUACCUGCGCCAUCACGAGAGCUGUUCACUUGGAAAUCGUCACGGACCUGAGCACGGCGACAUUUCUGCUAGCUUUUCGGAGGUUCGUGUCAAGAAGGGGUGUCUGUCAUACAGUUUAUUCGGACAACGCCCUGACCUUCAAACGCGCAUCUAAAGAUCUUCGGCAGUUAUGGAGCUCACUUCGUAGCGAAGAAGCCAAAAAUUAUUUCUCCAGCAUUCGACUUCAUUGGAAAUUCAUUGUGGAAAAGGCUGCAUGGUGGGGAGGAUUCUACGAGAGAAUGGUGCGGUCGGUCAAGACAUCUCUUCGAAAGGUUCUUGGAAGGAGCAGUUUAACACUUCCUGAACUCACCACAGUGCUCACCGAAACUGAAGCGACUAUCAACUCCCGGCCGAUUACUUUCGUCUAUGCGGAAUCAGAGGAGCCGGAGCCAUUGACACCGUCGCACCUUUUAAUUGGAAAACGGCUGACUCGACUGCCACCCUUCGUCACUUCAGCGCAGUUGCCUACUGGAACUCAGCAGCGACUGCAGAGGGCAAUGCGGUACCGCGAGUCGCUACUGGAACGGUUUUGGCGACGGUGGCGGAGUGACUACUUACAGGAAGUACGGACUGCUCAUUGGCAACGCGUUUCAGGCUCAACUGGCUUACAGACCGACACGUUGGUUCUCCUGAAGGAAGAUAUGGUCCCUCGCGGCCUAUGGAAGAUCUGUCGAAUCGUAACGACGUUUCCAGGUAGAGACGGACAUGUCCGUUCAUGGGUCGUGCAACUUCCGACCGGUGGAACUUUAAGGCGUGCAAUACAGCACUUGUUCCCAUUGGAGAUCCAAGAAUGA